GCAGCAGCUAGAGAACCAGCCCAAGCUCCAGGAAGAAUCAAACGGUGAUCCCAGAGGAGAGAAACUUCUUAUUGGAGAUGUGGAAGUCAGUGGUGGGGCAUGAUGUGUCUGUUUCUGUGGAGACACAAGGUGACGACUGGGACACAGAUCCUGAUUUUGUAAAUGACAUCUCUGAAAAGGAGCAGCGAUGGGGAGCCAAGACCAUCGAGGGCAGUGGAAGAAAAGAACACAUCGAUAUCCACCAACUGCGGAACAAAGUGUCAGAAGAACACGAUGUCCUCAAGAAAAAAGAGAUGGAAGCAGGGCCCAAAGCAUCCCAUGGGUACGGAGGCAGGUUUGGGGUGGAAAGAGACAGGAUGGACAAGAGUGCACUGGGCCAUGAGUAUGUUGCUGAUGUGGAGAAGCACUCAUCUCAGACAGAUGCUGCUAAAGGAUUUGGAGGGAAAUAUGGAGUUCAGAGAGACCGGGCAGAUAAGUCAGCCGUUGGGUUUGAUUACAAAGGAGAAGUGGAGAAACACACAUCUCAGAAAGAUUACUCCCAAGGCUUUGGUGGUCGCUAUGGCGUAGAGAAGGAUAAACUGGACAAGGCAGCUGUUGGAUAUGACUACAAGGGGGAGACAGAAAAACAUGAGUCCCAGAGAGAUUAUGCCAAAGGCUUUGGUGGCCAAUAUGGAGUACAGAGGGACCGAGUAGACAAGUCAGCUGUUGGAUUCGAUUACAAAGGAGAAGUGGAGAAACAUACAUCUCAGAAAGAUUACUCCCGAGGCUUUGGUGGUCGCUAUGGCGUAGAGAAAGAUAAAUUGGACAAGGCAGCUGUUGGAUAUGACUACAAGGGGGAGACUGAAAAGCAUGAGUCCCAGACAGAUUAUGCCAAAGGCUUUGGUGGUCAAUAUGGUGUACAGAGGGACCGAGUAGACAAGAGUGCAGCCAGCUUCAAUGAAAUGGAAGCCCCUACUACGGCUUAUAAGAAAACCACACCUACAGAGGCUGCUUCUAGUGGUGCCCGUGGACUGAAGGCAAAAUUUGAAUCUAUGGCAGAAGAGAAACGACAAGAACAAAGAUUAGUGUCAAAGAAACCUGUAGUCCCUGCUUCUCUCCCCAAGAGACUCCCUGCAGAGCCUCAGAUAGAGAGCUGCUUUCCCUCCAAGAUGGCACCCAAAGCAACACAGAAAGAGCUUCCUCCAGUGCCAACCCUACUCAUGAAGAAGACUCCUCCAGAGGACAAUGAGCAGCCAGAUAAUGAGGAACCCCCAGCUCUGCCCCCCAGGACUCCUGAUAGGUUCCAGACCCUGGAGGAGCCAGUCUCUCAACCAAUGCCAGAGCAGGAGCCAGAGUGUGAGCCCAGACCAGAGCUGGAGCCUGAGAAUGACUAUGAGGAUGUGAUGGAGUUGGAUAGACCAGACCUUGGUGGAGAUCAAGAGAAUGACUAUGAGGAUGUUGCACAGCAGGAUGAAGAAGAUGCAGGGGGUGAUUAUGAGGACAUUCUGGAGCCUAACGAGCCCCCAUUGCCUCCGCCUUCUGAUGGAACUGCUGGCACUGGGUCCAAGCCUGGAUCAACAGGGAUCUCAGCCAUUGCCAUGUAUGAUUACCAAGGAGAGGGCAGCGACGAGAUAUCCUUUGACCCGGACGAUACCAUCACUGACAUCGAAAUGAUAGACGAGGGCUGGUGGCGGGGACGUUGCCGUGGUCGUUUUGGCCUCUUUCCAGCAAAUUAUGUCCAGCUCCUUCAGUGACCCUCUCUGCCAUUAUCUUCCAAUUAGUCUCAAUCUCUCAUUAGCCUAGUCCCUUUUUCUUUGCCUCAUCCUGGUCCCACCAGGAACGUCUAACCCUGCCUUGGGCCCUGUCAAAUUAGCAAGCAAUUAUUAAGUGCCUACUAUGUGCCAGGCACUGUGCUAGCACUGGGGAUACAGAGGAAGAAGUGAAAUGGUUUCUGACCUCAAGGAGUUUACAAUCUAUCAGAGAGGGGAAGGUAGCCCAGCCAGAAUAUAUAAGAAAAUCAGUCUUUUCUGAUUUCCAAGCAGAUUCUCUGAUCCACUAAAAAGAUUAAGCAGAUAGAAAAACAUCAUUUCAUAUUGCCUGGUCAUGGGACAUUGAAGAGGCUCAUUGGAUUGAGAGCCAUGCCUUAAGAUGGGAGGUCAAAUUUGACCUCAUUUUCCAUAGCUGUGAUCCUGGUCCAGUCACUUACCCUUCAUUGCCUAGCCCUUACUGCUUUUCUGGCUUGAAAUCAAUAUUUAGUAUUGAAUCUAAGAUGGAAGGUAAAGGUUAAAAAAAAAUUGCCUGGCCAUCCCUCCUCUCUCCUCCCCUCCAUUCAGGUUACCUCUUAUCUCCCAGGUACUCCUUUAGCUCAAUCCCAAGACAUUUUUGAUUUCCUAAUCCAAAUUCAGGGACCCUUGUUCAUGAGAUCCUGAGAUGGCAAUUGCUAGUAUGUCCCUUCCCUUCCCUUCCAUGGUUUCCUAAUUGAAUCUGCUGCUUGGAGUUGGAAAUAAAGUGACUCUGUGGUUUUUUUGUCUCA